GAGGUAGCAAGUCAAUACCUGUAAGAUUUGCGUAAGCAUACGCCUAAAAGAAACUUCCUCACAGCAAGCGCUCUCAGCGCUCUAUUCGCAAACAAUACAAAAUCCAGACACAAAAUCAUUUACCAGUCCAUAUAUCUCACAGGAGCAGAAUUGAAGGCAUUCAAUAAUAUGUUCAACUUUAUAAUGAAAUACCCAUUACAUCAAUGGUAGCAUCCAUGUUUGACACUCUAUAAAUAAGCUAAAAGCCUUGAAGCUUCAGGGAUUAGUAAUGGUAAGAAUAGGAUUCGAAGCUCGGACCAUCCGAAGUAUGCUAGACAGUGCCUACCUGAUACCCCACCACGCUCCGUGAAGAUACUAUUGAUUCGAGAGAAAAUGGAAUACGUAAACCAGCGCGUAGCCCAGGAGGCUGCUAAAGCCCCUUCAGAGAUAUACACCGGCCUAGCCACGCCUCUCAACAUCAUCCUCGCCGUCAUCACCCUCUAUACAACAUACUUGCUCUACAAGCCGUCGCCGCCGGCGACAUUACCGCGCGAACCACCUGCCAUCGUCUUCCGGGUCUUCACCCCGCGCACACUGCUCCCUUACAAUGGGGAAAACGGCAUGCCAGUAUUUCUAGCUGUGCGCGGUCGGGUGUUCGACGUCACGAGCGGCCGCAACUUCUACGGACCCGGCGGCCCCUACGAGAAUUUCGCCGGCCGCGAUGCUAGCCGUGGCCUAGCCUUCCACAGCUUCGCCGAGGACAUGCUGACCAAGGACCUCGACGGACCGCUCGACAAGCUUGACGGACUCGGUCCUGAGGAGUUUGAGAGCUUGCAAGGUUGGGAAGAGAGAUUCUUGAGCAAGUACAUGGUCGUGGGCAAAUUGGUCGCUCAAGGUGAUGCUUAAACCAGCGUCGCGACCAACCUAGCGUGAGAAUUACGAUGAAUAAGGAAUGAUAUGAUACUAUAUACGAGAUAUAAAAUCGAAAGCGUGCUCUAACC